GCUACAGGGAGAUCCUGUCUCAAAAAGACAAAAAAUAAAAAUAAAUAAAAACUAGGGAUUGUAGGGGGAAGGAUCGAAGCAUCAUAUUCUCUAACUGUAUUCAUUCUUAAGUUUAUCUCAGAUUGAUGGCGGGUUUUUUUCCGUCUUUAUUUCCUCCCCGCCCGGGAGGGGCAUCUUUUGAAUUUCAGGUUUUCUCUCUGGCUUUCCUGCAUCCGGAUUCAGUGGGAAGAAGAAUAGAUGACUGCAGAUCCACUUCCCUAGAGAAUUUUUGGUCACUUGAAUCUAGGUGUUCUCAUUGCCGGUAGGAGGGGGUAGCCCCUGAAUGAAGGAACCAGGGCAACUCCAUUUUGUACAAGCCAUGUCAGCCACAGUAAGUUUCUGUUUCCCGGAACCAUAAAUUACCAUUUACAGGAAACUGGCUGUUAAGAUUAGAUCAGCACCGAAAGUCCCCAAACCCAGGCCCACCAAUCAGGGAGGAACACCACAUCUGGCAGGGGAGAUAAUGGUCAGAGUCUUUGAAACAUAUUAACCCAGAGAAAUUUGGCCAAUGAAAUACAGACCCGUGGUCUGACCACGGGAACUAACCAAUGAGAAUAAAGGGCAUGGCUUUUGUGGUUUUUCCCUGUAAAAAUGCUUGUUAACUGCAAACAGGGCUCGACUCUGCAAUCGGCGUGAGAGUCACAGCCACAGCUAGCUGGAAUAACUAAUUUUUUUCUUAAAUAAAACUUAUAAAUUUGUUACUGUCUUUCUCUAGUUAUUCCCAACUCCUGGACCCAACAUUUUGGGGGCUCGUCCAGGAUUUGGGAAAAUUGGGAUAGACACCUGGAGAUGUGCGCACACCCUGAAGCUAGCCUCAGUAAGUCACUUUCUGUUUUUAAGGUUUUUUUUCUGGUGUCCAGAUGUAAAACUGGGGCUCAAUUGGGAUCAGGCGGAUGUGCUAUUGAUCCCCAAGUGGGAGGAGAUUAGGGAAUGCCCUAAUUCUUCCUCAGGCAGAGGACAGGUUCUACCUAACCUCUUCGGGUCAGGAACAGGAGCAGACUGACUCAGCCCACUCCGAAUUGAUACUUUCCUCUCGGCAAAUCCGCCCUUCUCAAACUCUGACUGACUGUUGUUGGCAAUUUGGUUUUCUGUUCGCUCAGUUGAUUCUCUUUUAUCUUCGUUUCCUUUCCCCUCCUAGUCUAUCUUUCUUCCAGGAUGGGGCAGCAGAUGUCCUCCAGUUCCCUAGACUUGGUCCUGGGCCACUUCUUGAACUUUUGGAAGGCGGCCUCCACCAUGUCUAGGCUCCGAGUCAAGCCUGGCUGCCUCUGGCCAUUCUGCUCCCUCAAUGGCCAUCCUUUAAUGUGGGAUGGCCCCCAGAGGGUUCGUUCAACCUAACCCUUAUUUACAGAGUUAGAGUUCAUGAAGUUGUCUUUGGCAUGCCUGGCCACCCUGACCAAAUCCCCUACAUCUUGGGCUGGCGCUAUCUGGUAACGGACCAGGGGCCCUAACUGGUUGCACCCAUUCCUGCCUGUUAGAUCCCAAAGCUACUGUGACCCUCCUCUGCAUCAAGGAGAGAGACUGACAGGGACCCCCUCGGCCCUCGGUUCUUCCUCCUCAGCCCUUGGUUCUUCCCUCCUUGGCGCCAGAGGAAAACUUUUUCCCCCUGCUCUAUGCUGUGCCCCCUCGGCAGAAUGGGCACCAAGAGGGCCGUCACCAGGCACCCUGUAGGCCCCGGUCCCUCUCUUCGCAGCCAGAGCUGCCAGAGAACCAGGCUGCAUCAUCUUCUGAUUCCUCCCGAUCCUCAUCAUCCCUGGCUCCCCUGCCCAACCCCAGCCUGCUUCAUACCCGCUGGAAAGGUCGAGACAGGGUUGUCAGGGCAUUGCUCCUGAGGGAGGUAGGUCCCCCCAUGAACAUGGAGUAGCCCCCCUGGCCUACUUCCUCUUUUCUACCAGUGAUCUGUAUAACUGGAAAUUACAAACCCCCUCCUUCACAGAGAAACCCCAAGCCCUCAUAGCCCUCCUGGACUUUUUACUCAUCAGCCUACAUGGGAUGACUGCCAACAGUUACUACAGGUUCUUUUUACCAUGGAGGAAAGAGACUGUAUUAGAAGGGAAUGUCGCCAGCUGGUCCCAGGGGAUGAUGGACGCCCCACAGACAAUGAAGAUAUUAUAGCGGCGGCUUUUCCUCUCUCCUGGCCUCCCAUGGGAUGGAAGGUAGGGAGCUCCUGAAGGUCUAUCGCCAGACUCUUGGGGGGGGGGGUCUCCGAGCUGCUGCAAGGUGGCCCACGAAUUUUUCCAAAGUGAGUCAGGUGAUACAGGAAAAGACAGAGGCCCCGUGGGCAUAUUUAGAGUGUCUCCUAGAGGCCUACAGGACUUAUACUCCCCUGGACCCUGAAGCUCCUGAGAACCAAAUGGUGGUCAGUAUGGCCUUCGUGAAUCAAGCAGCUCCAGAUAUUAAAAAGAAACUCCAGCCACUGGAGGGGUUUGAAGGCAUGAUCCGGACUGAGGACUCAGUGGCCAGCUCACUUGGACUCGGCUACAACAAGUAUUCAAGAACUCUCCCAUCAUCUUUGACGAGGCCCUCCACCAGGACUUACAUGAGUACUGUGCCUCCCACCCAAUAUGUAGAUGACCUUCUACUUGCAGCACAGGAUGAGAUCUCCUGUGAGAGAGCCACAAGGGACUUGCUUCAAGCCCUAGAUCAACUUGGUUAUAAAGUGUCUGCUAAAAAGGCCCAGCUUUGCACCUCACAAGUGACCUAUUUGGACUAUAUUUUAAAGGAGGGCCAACGCUGGCUGUCUCCAGCCUGCAAACAAACUAUUCUUGGCAUACCUACCCCGAAGUCCAGGAGGCACCUCUGGGAGUUUUUGGGAUUGGCUGGGUUUUAUACACUCUGGAUCCCAGGAUUUAGCCAAACCCUUAUAUGAGGCAACUAGAGGGACAGAAGAGUCUUCGCUGGACAGAUGAACAGGACCAAGCCUUCCAGACCCUUAAAGAAACUUUGUUAAAGGCCCCCACUCUGGCUGUGCCCAAUAUCAACAAGCCGUACCAACUAUAUGUAGAUGAGAAAUUGGGAAUUGCAAAAGGAGUUUUGACCCAGCAACUAGGAUCCUGGAAAAGGCUGGUGGCUUACCUAGACUCUGUAGCAGCUGGGUGGCCCAGUUGUCUCUGCAUUAUUGCUGCAACCGCACUCCUGGUCAAGGAUGCCAACAAGCUGACUUUGGGUCAACCCUUAACUAUAACCACCCCUCAUUCUAUCGAAGGGGCACUCAAGAACCCUCCAGAUUGAUGGAUGACGAACACUAGGCUGACCCAUUACCAGGCACUGCUCCUUCACCCCCCUCCCCCACAUAAGAUUCCUCCCUAGUGCUUCCCUCAAUCCAGCUACCCUGCUGUCUGAUCCAGAACCUGAGAUUCUGCAUGACUGCACCGAGAUCCUGCACUAGAUACACGGAAUCAGACCGGGUCUGACAGAUGUGCCAUGGAAAGAUCCAGAUGCCACCUUCUAUACCAAUGGCAGCAGCUUCAUGAGGGAGGGAACCAGGUACAUGGGGGCAGCAGUAGUCACCUUGACUGAAAUGAAAUGGGCCACAUCCUUGCUUGCUGGGACUUCAGUCCAAAAGGCCGAAUUGGUUGCCUUAACCAAGGCCUUACAUCUGGGAAAAGAUAAAACUGUCAACAUCUACAUGGACAGUCACUAAUGCCUUUGCUACAGCACACAUCCAUGGGGCCAUCUACCAAGAGAGGGGACUACUGACAGCAGAAGGAAAAACCAUCAAAAAUAAACAAGAGAUUCUAGACCUGCUUGCCACCCUCUGGCUUCCCCAGAAACUCUCCAUCAUUCACUCCAAGGGCACCAGAAGGGGGAUUCUCCAGAGGCCUGGGGCAACAGAAAGGUGGACCUGGCAAUCAGGACAGCAGCUUUGGAAACCACAGAAAUGGUAAUUGCCUUGCCAGCUCCUACCCUGCCAGAGAAGCCCAUCUAUUCACAGAAGGACGAUGAGAACUUCACCUCACUACCUCUGUGAUGGCUAAUCCUGGGUGUCAACUUGAC